AAAGAACUAGCUAGCCGUGAGACACUAGCCAAAAGCACAGAGCUCAUUCCAGCCACACAACCUCAGGCCGCAGUCAGACGCGGCCAGGCCAAAAACACACUCCAGAAAGCCGCAUAAAUCGACGCCGAGAAGCGGUGCCGACGCGCAGCACCAGAGAAACCGCCAGUCGAUGAUGAGGCUCGCUACCCCUCUCAGGACAGUCCUCACGGCGUCGCUGGCGCAGCGGCCGCUCGGAUUUGUUGUUCCUGGCUUCGGGCGGCUCCUCAACAAGUCGAAGCCGGUCCACCGCCUCCACUCGACGAGAGGUGGAGCUAGAAGUGUCUCGGACUUCACGACUUCAGAGCUCAAGAGAUUGUUAACAGAACGAGGCGUCGACUUCCGGGAUUGCUUGGAGAAGAGUGAAUUAGUAGCUAGGUUGCAAGCCGCGUUGCGCGGCGACUACACGGAGGAGGGCAACACCGCGCUCGCUGGAUUGAGUGCCGGAGAACGGAACACCGUCAAGCUCUUCGAACGAGUCUCGCCGUCCGUAGCCUUCAUCCAGACGUCUGUCGUGCGGAGUGCGGGCCCGUUAACGAUGCGCGGCGAGGUCGUGCCCCAGGGGUCCGGCUCGGGAUUUGUGUGGGACGACCAAGGCCACAUCGUCACGAACUACCACGUCAUCCAGCAGGCCCAGAAGGCGACCGUGACUGGUAUUGGCUUAGGUGAUGGUAGUAUGAACGCCUACGAGGCGACGCUAGUCGGCGCGGAGCCCGAAAAAGAUAUUGCGGUCCUCAAGGUGCGCGCGCCGAAGUCGGUCCUGAGGCCCAUCACCGUCGGCAGUUCGUCCGAGUUACUUGUAGGGCAGAGCGUGUUCGCGAUCGGCAACCCCUUUGGGCUGGACUCGACCUUAACGCAGGGUAUUGUCUCGGCGGUCGGAAGGGAAGUCCAAGGCGUCGCGGGUCGGCCGAUCAAGGGCUGCGUCCAGACCGACGCUUCCAUUAACCCUGGUAACUCGGGCGGUCCGCUGCUAGAUGCGAAAGGAAGGCUGGUCGGUGUCAAUACCGCUAUAUACAGUCCGAGCGGCGCGUCGGCCGGAAUUGGGUUUGCGAUUCCCGUAGACACGGUUAGGAGAAUCGUGAACCAGCUCAUCCGGUAUGGCAGGAUGUUGAGACCGAGCAUGGGCAUCACGGUGGCUGACGAUCAGAUGACGCGCGGAUUAGCCCAAAGGUUGGGCACGCCGCUGGAGGGUGUGCUGGUCAUGGAGGCGCCUCCCAAUACACCGGGCGGCGAGGCCGGCCUCACGGGCUGCAUGCGCAAGGCCGGCCAAUUAUUUUUAGGGGACCUGAUCACGGAGGUGAACGGUGUCGCUGUCAGGACGGUCGAGGAUUUACUAGCGCUCGUCGAGGAGACGGAGAUCGGCUCUGAUGUGGUCUUGCGGGUGAUGCGGGGCGCGGACGCGUCGAAGCUCGAGACGGUGCGCGUGAAGACCGUGGACCGGGCGCAGCUGCGCUAGUGUCUCUCUCUCCGGGGGGGUCUUCUGUGGGUUAAUUCAAUGAAACAAAGCAGUACUUCCGUGCGGCGACGGCGUAUCGGUGGGGUAGGUUCGUUUUUCGCGCGACGGCGGUCCGCGCGCGACCGGGGCCAGUACGCCGUCGCCGCGAGCGCCGGAGCCUCCGCGAUCGACGCGAUUUUCCUCCACCGGUAUGCCGCCGCCGCGGCCCGGCCAGUGGCCACGCCAGCGUUUUUCGCGCGACGGCCGCGGUUCGCGCGACAAGCAAGCUCCGGAGCCGCCGUGAUCGACGACGCGUCGAGGCGUACGUGGUGGAUGAGAGAGAGAGGAGAGAGGGGAGGGGUCGACGUCACUAGGCGGUUGUGCAAGGCACUAGGACAUCUGUGACAGGACGUCUGCAAGCAGAGCAUCACCAUCGGAUCAUAAAAAUACGAGUGAUAAGAAUUCCAAAGCAGUGCUAAGGAUAUCAGUUAUCACACUGAUAAGAACAGAUACUACACUUGAUCUUAGCCAAAAG